UGUAAGCUGGAUUUGGCCCAGUAUUACGCCAGACCAGGCGGGGGUAAGCCAGAUUAACCAGGGCAGUGCCAGAAUAUGCUUGCUUUCGACCGCGGAUAGAUCAGGGCCGAUGCUGAAUUCAACCUCCCAGGAGUUGUAUCCUAACAAUCCGUUGUGGCCGAGCAAGUGGCCCUACGAGCCUGGUGAUUUCCGGCGCAGGGACGAGAGCGACGACAGCAAUUUCUACAGUGUCCCACGCCUAGUGACGCACAUCGACGACGACGCCAUCGGCUCUAUUCAGGACUUCUACGCGCUGCAGUUUGCGCAGGCGCCGCAGGGGGAGUACAGCGUCCUGGACAUCUGCAGCUCCUGGAUCAGUCACUACCCCGAGGGCCUUCGACGAAGCGGGUUGCGAUCACCGGCAUGAACGAGUACGAGCUUGCUGCCAAUAAGCAGGCAACGGAGCACGUCCCGCGCAACCUCAACAUCGAGCCAAGGUUGCCUUAUGGCGACGGCGAGUUUGAUUUCGUCACCAACGUCGUGAGCGUCGACUACCUCACUAAACCGCAGGAGAUCUUCGCGGAGAUGCACCGCGUGCUCAAGCCAGGAGGCGUCGCCAUCAUGUCGUUCAGCAACCGUUGCUUUUUUACGAAAGCCAUCAAGGUGUGGGUCGCGGACAUGAACGACGGCCCAGGCCAUUGCAGGAUAGUCGGCAAUUAUUUCCACUUUAACCCGCUGGGCGGCUGGCGAGACAUCUCCUCGGUGGACAUCACCAGGAUGAUGGGACCCCAGGCCAGAGCAACCCGAUGUGGGUGGUGACGGCAGUGAAGGCAUAGGCCCCCCGGAGCCCCCGCGGCCCCCGCCCAGGGGACGGUAGGGGCGGCCCGCCGCGGCCCCAGUUCUCGCUCCCCCUCUCCGCUCCGCCCCCCCCUCCCUCCCCAGGACGCCCCUGUCUGCGGUCUGCGGGGCGAUGGGAAGACAUCGAGGGCACCGGUCCCCACCCGAAUGUCCCCCUUCGUGGGAGGAGACGCAGCAUGGCUCCGCGCCCCCCCCCCGCUGGACGCCCACUCGGCGGAGCGAGGGAGAAAG